GUUGUACUUAAUUGUUACUUUACAAAUUUGUCAAUGUCAUAUUUGCUUUUGAUCCAACUAUGAAACCAGUUGCUUAAUGAGCAUAUUAAUUCACUCCUAAAUAAUUAUUAUAAUUAUAAUUCACUGAUUCGUACCAGGGCUUAUGUAUUAUGAUAAUAAUUAUUUAGAUAACAGUUAAACAUAUUUGUGGUUGCUCAUAUCUUUGUCUCUCCACGUAUGCAUUAUGCAAGUUGUGGAAAGAAUCAUAGAUAAAGAAUCUACCAGGCCUGUUUAAUAAGCAUUUUAAAGCAACAUUUAAAUAAAUAGGGUUUGAUUUUAAAAACAUCCGAUCCAUCAAGUUAGUCGACCAAAUAUGCAAUUGCUAACAUUCAAAGAGCCUAAAAUAUUAGAUUCGCUGGUUCAGCGUUAAUUAAACAGUAAGAAAAUGUCUUUAUUGUAGCUUUAGUUUGAAACAAUUUUUUUCGGAAAAAACAUGGAUUCAAAACAUUGCUUUUAGUUCUUGUCCAAUAUCUGCAAAAACCUGUACAGACUUUCGCAUGAAAGCAAUAACUUUUUAUUUAUAUUGCAAAGAAGUUUUUAUGUUUUUUCUAAAUACAUUCGUUUAAAAAAAACUUGGUACAGCACUAACCUGUUGAUUUUUUUUCCUCACCUAAAUCCGUCAGCUGUCUUUCUUUCUAAAAUGAAUCCUUUUGCUUAAUAUUUUUUAAAAUUCUAGAAAAAUUCGAGAGGAUGGUACGCCAACACCUCCAAUUUCUAGGAACGAAGGGCAUAAGACAUAAGUUUAUACAAAGCUGCCUUAUUGUAUUGUAAUCAUCCGCAUUCGAUUCUUCACGAUUAAAAUCAACUUAUUAUAUAACACAACAUAAUUGAACAUUUAUAAUUAUUAAUGAUCAAUACUCGACUAUUAAGGUGCUACAGUUCCCCACAACGAUCAAAUUUUAUGGUGCCUUUCAAACGGACCCCCAAUUGAAAUUAUCGUCUCUGCACUUAGUUAAACCAAUUUUAUAUUAUUUAUUUUGUUCCUCAUAUUAAAUUGACACACAUGCACAAUAAAUACCAAGUAGAAUGUUUUCCAUCAUUAUAAAACACACUGUAUUGCCUUAUAUUAUGCUACAUUGAUCAUUUCUGUAAAUAAAAAUGUAAACCACCUUGUAGUACAACCAUACGCUAAAGAUUAGAAAGAAUGCAUUGAUCAAGUUGUAUGCAUUAAAUGCAUGGAAUCAUUCACACACUAAGAACAGGAAACAGGUCAGUAAAAGUGGCCAGAGUGAUAAAUAAAUGUUACUAUCUAUAUGUACAAAAGCCGAUUAGAGUCUUAGCCGAUCAGUGUAAUACUUCUUGGCUAGUUGUUGUUUUUGUAUCGUUUUUCGCAGCUUUUACUGCUGUUGCCCCAUAAAAGGUUUUAAGCAAGAUGAUUCCAAGUUUCUCACAAUGUAGACCAAUUAGCAACUACGCCGAUAUAAAAGAUUGUCUGGCAAAUCCCCCAGAAUGGGUGAAUCGAGUGCUGCCAUUGAAAAAACGCUCCAGUUUUGUUAUUAGAAAUAAUCCAGAAGAUUGCCAUUGUCAAGAGGAUUCUUUCAAUCCUGGCUCGCGUAUUGAUAGCAGAACUGUUCCAAAAACUUUGGUAUGCCACGAUUAUAAAGGCGGAUAUCAAGCAGAUUCGUAUAUACCAUUUGAGGGACAAGAAGAUAAAACGUUGGUCACAGACGGUUAUCCUUUCUACAACUGGUCGCAAAUCGACUAUUUUAUUUACUUCAGCCACCACUUUAUAACAAUUCCUCCGCUGGCUUGGGUAAAUGCUGGACACCGAAAUGGAGUUAAAGUUUUAGGAACAAUAAUCACGGAAAAUAAUGAAGGAAUCAAGAUAUGCGAUGAAGAAAUUUUCAGUUCCAGCACUGAAAUGCGAGAGUUUGUUUAUCAGCUUACCGAAAUACAACGAACUUUCGGUUUCGAUGGGUGGCUUUUGAAUUUCGAGAAUAAGGUGAAAAACCCCGGACUUCUCAUAAGUUUCGUGGAUAUUCUCACUAGGAAAACACACGAACAGGAUAGUGAAAACGUGGUCAUUUGGUACGACAGUGUAACAAAGAAUGGAGAACUUAAAUGGCAAAAUCAGUUAAGCUCAGAAAAUAGAUGCUUCUUCGACUGUUGCGACGCAAUUUUCUUAAACUACACCUGGACUGAAGCAACACUCAUAAAGUCUGUGGAAGCCGCUGGAGCCAGACGCUUUGAUGUUUUUGUUGGAAUUGAUGUUUUUGGUCGAGGAAUGUUUGGCGGUGGGAUGUUUAACACUUACAAGGCGACGAAAUUAGCUCGAAAGCAUGAUUUAUCCAUAGCGAUCUUCGCUCCUGGAUGGACGCAUGAAACCUUAGAAAAGAACCUGCAAUCAACCGCAUUUCACAGAUUUUUGAACCGAGAUGACGCAUUUUGGGCAAGUCUUUGGCCGUACCUCUACACACAUCCCAUAAACGAUUUUUUCGAAACAGACUUCCACAUCGGUCUGGAUUAUAACUUCUACAACAUGUACAUUCAAAAACCGCAAAUAUCCAGGAUUCUCUACCCGGAAAAUCUCAAAACAAUUCCCAAGUAUCAGCAGAUUGAAUCGCUGAACUACUGCGCUUGUCUUUCCAGAAGCUUCUUUGAAACGAAAAACGUUUGCUUGAUAUCGACUGAUAAUUUUGAGGAUGCCCCAGAAGGCAUGUUUGCUCAUAGGAUUUUUGCUUGUGACAUAAAACUAAGUGGCAAAAUUGGCCUUUAUAUUGUCACGAAAAGAUUGACGAACAACGAUAAUACAAGAGUGAAAAUCAUCCUAAGAACUUCAUUGAAUAGUGGGGCACUUAGACUGGUCAAAUUGCUGGAUGAACCAAAUGCGUCUCCGACUAAUAAUGUAACACUAUUAGAGGUGAACCCGCUGAAAGACCAUGAAAUACAGUAUAAUGUUACCUUAAAUAAUAUUGCUAAAAGGUACAUGAAAUGGUUGAAUAAUCCUCGCUAUACUGGAUCGGUGCUCUUAAGCAUGUACGAAUUUUCUACUACGUCGUGCAAUCUUCUGGAUGUAGCAGCUACUAUUGAAAAUGGCACGUCGAUAUAUCUGUUAGAUAUCGGCCUGAUUCAGCUGAAUUAAAUUGAAAAGUUAAAAAUGUUGCAUUUUGUAUUAUCUAAUGUGUUAAUGUAAGAGAAAGACACUGUUCCUAAUUGCGAAUUAUAUAUAUUUACAAAAA